AUGAGGAGGGACAACGGGGCGCUUGGAAGGUUUGAGGAACAGUUUGGAGACGCCUAUGAAAGUAAAAUCAAUCAGAAGCUCUUAUCGACAAAGACUCCCAAAGACAAACCUGGAAUUGCUGAAGUUAGAAGCUUUGACAAAACUAAUCUGAAGAAGACCCAAGAGAAAAAGACGUUGCUAACCAAGGAAGCCAUCAAACAGGAAAAGGCUAAGUCAUCAUGA